CUUCUGCGAGUCUACGGGGGAGGGGGGGUGCGGGUAGAGGAAUAACAAUAAAGCCAGGAAGGUGAUGGCGGCGGCGGCUGUCUGAGCCCGGCCAGACAUCACAACCUUUCUGAAUAUUUCAUUGGACCUGCCCGCCGGGAUGCCCCGCCACUGACCGCUGCAAAGAAGCUCGCUCGCUUCCCCCCCCCCCCGAUCAUUGUGAUCGCCGCUUCCUUCCUUCUCCUUUCAUUGCUCAAACCGGGCAUUAUGCUUCACAAUGAAUAACCUUUCCGGGGUUGUUUUCCCCCCCUCCCUCUCGCUGUGUCUUCUCUGAUUGCGCUCUUGAAAAAUAGGAACCGGGGUGCGGGGGGGGCUUGUCUUUGAACUCUUUCCCCCUUUCUUUUGGAGCGGCUUCGCGGCGCAGGACUAUAAAACGUCUCGGCUUUAGGGGCUCGCAGCACAUACGCAACUACGAAGAGAAGGAAAGGAGUGACAGAAAACGGGCAGGAGCGCGGCGGGGAAACCUUUCAGUCCAAGUUGCUCGCAGGAAUUGCGAUUUUUCAGGUACGCCUCCGCUUUUGUAAAGGACUCGACUUAGCCUCGCUCAUCUGGCUGGUCGGGGAGCCUUCCUCCACGGCUUGCUGAGGGCGAUCAGAGCAGCGGCCACCCUGGAUCGCCAAAAAUCUCCCUCCCUGCAUUUUCUGCCGUCUCCCUUUUCCCUUUCACUGCUGCCCGGAGGCACCGGGAAACUGAAGAGGAGUUGGGGAAUUGCGAGCUUUCGGGGACUCUGAAGCGGCGGCGGCGGCGGCGGCGGCCGUUAUCCCAGACUGAACAUGCCAAUGACAAGGAGGACAUAGAAGAGGCGCCAGCCGCGGCAUGGCCCUGGCAUGGUGAUGCCUCCCUGCGGUGCUCUCCUGGCCAGGCUACUCAGGCUCCCUCCAGCAACGAGACCUCUCGGCAAGCUUUCUCCGGGGCGCAAAGUUUCCCCUCUUUCCACCUUUUUGCCAAGUCCCGAAAGAAAGAGGCAUGCCCUCUGCCUCCCCUUCCUCUGAAAUCUGCGGGGCCGCUUGAGAACCCUCCCGGGCGCUUGGGGAACCUCUCGCCGCCCCCCGGCCGCGGCUCGGAACCUCGGGGCGCUGGCGGGGGAAGCGGCAGAGGGCGGGGGACCCGCAUGGCCGCAGACGGAGGGCGCCGAGGGUGCUGAGCUGGGCGGGCUGGAGGAGAGCGCCCUCAGAAGCUCGGCGCGAAGAGGCUGCGGAGGGGCAUUGCUUCGCCUUUCUGCUGAAGAACGGCUCCGAAAGAAGAGCAGGAGGAGGAGGAGGAAGAGGGAGAAGCAGCAGCAGCAGCACCGAGGAGACAGCCACAGCCAUGUGGCCCGGUGGAGCGGCCGGGAAGCUGCCGGGCCCGCGGGACUCGGCGCUGCGGAGGGCCGCCUUCUCCGGCAACCUUUCGGCUCUGCCCUUGCACUUGGCGCCCAGCGGGAGGAACGUCCGGGUUUUCAUUAGCGCUAACCCCGAAGAUACAGUAGCAGAAAGAAGUGCAUUACGAGAACAUGUGUAUCCUAAACUGCGGGAAUUCUGCAGGGAAAACUAUGGGCUGGAAUUUCAGGUCAUCGACCUGUACUGGGGAGUUGAACCAGAAGAAUGGGACAGCCCAGAGCUCCAGAAAACACGCAUGAGGCUUUUAGAAGAUUGCCUGAAAACAUCUGCAGGUCCAUGUUUUGUUGGUCUUUUGGGAGAAAAAUAUGGAAGUAUACGAGUUCCAGGAGAAGUGGAGUCAUCAGAAUUUGAAAUGAUCCUGGAUGCUGCCGUUGAGGCAAAACUAGAAACAAGGAUUUUGGAAGAGUGGUAUUGCAGAGAUGAAAACGCAGUUCCACCAACUUAUUACCUCAAACCAAAAUCUGAAAUGCUGAAGAACAGUCCCAGUACGAUGGAAGCCUCUUCAAACCCUGGCAGUGAGAGCAAGUGGCGGGAGGUAGCAGAAGAAAUUAAGAAGAUUUUUAAAAUAGCAGUGAAGAUGCUAUACGAAAAGGGGAAAAUGAAACACAGUCAAACGAAGAGAUACCUUUCCUCUGCUAUCGAAGAUGAAUUUGAUUUUGCCUUAGGAAAACAAACCCCAGCUUUCCUAAAGAAGUGUGUUUGCUACAUUCGGAAGAUUGCAAACAUAGAACGCUUUGUUAAAGAUCCAGAGAUGGAGAAAUAUAUGGAUGUACUUCAUACGAGUGGAAAGUUUAUGCGGGACCCAGAAGCACUUGAGAAACUCAUCAAACUCAGGGAUGAAUUUGUUCCUACCAUUGUUGCUUCAUCGAAUUUGAGAGUCUACACUUCAGUUACCCAUUGUGACAUGAAAUAUGGUUAUACCCAAGAAGUGGAGAAUCACUACAUCGAAGGGCUUGGCAAACAGUUUUAUGAAGACAUGGUUGAUAUUAUUCAAGCAACCGUGCAACAGAAUUUUGAGAUAGAGACAGACUGGCUCUAUGAUGAAGUCCUUCAACAUUCCUCACUAUGUAGAACCUACUCUUCAUUCUAUGAGUACAAAUGUGAUGCUAAGAAUAUUAUGCACAAAUACCUUCUGCCUAGGAAAAUGGGCCACAUUAACCCUCUUAUCAUCUAUGGAGGACCAUGCACUGGAAAAACUUUUUUAUUAGCAGAAGUGGCAAAGAAGGCUUAUGCUUGGCUGAAGGAAGAAAUGGGACCAGAAUCUGACCCUGUGGUAGUUAUAAGAUUUUUGGGGGCCACAGAGAUGAGUACAGACCUUAGGAAUCUGCUGCAGAGUAUUUGUGAACAGUUAGCAAUUAACUAUAGAUGUCUCAUACAAAAUUAUCCCAAAAAAAUCCACGAUCUCCGGGAAUUGUUUAUAAACCUUUUGAAUGAGUCGUCAUUUCAUAGACCUCUGGUUAUGAUAUUUGAUACUCUAGAGCAGCUUUCAGAUAAUGAUGAUGCCAGGAAGUUGUGGUGGCUCCCUGUCCAUCUGCCCCGUUCAGUGCGAGUUAUCUUGUCAACACUGCCGAACAAACAUGGAAUACUGCAAAAAUUGAGGUGCCUUAUACAUGAUGAGGAUAACUAUAUUGAGUUGAUUCCUAGGGACAGAAAGAUGUGUAGUCAAGCUCUCAAGCAUCAGCUGCUCCAAGUUAAGAGAAAAGUUACAUCAGGCCAGCAAAUCUAUGUCAACGAAGCUUUUUCCAAAUGCACACUGCCUAUGUUUGUAAAUUUAACCUUCAGAGAGGUCCGAAACUGGAGAUCUCACAAAGAUGUUGAUGAAUCUUCUCUCUGUGUUACUGUUCAUGAUAGCAUAGAGCAGAUGUUCUGGUCUCUAGAGGUCAGCUGUGGGCCAAGGCUUUUAUCACGAGCCCUUGGUUACAUCACCAUGUCUAAAGCUGGUCUGAGUGAAAUGGAAUUGGAAGACAUUUUAGCUCUUGACAACACGGUUAUGUUUGAAUUAAAUGAGAGCGUCAGGCAACACAACCCAUUAAGAGUACCUUACAUCUACAUUGCAAGGCUGAAAGAAGGUCUAACUGGAUACCUGAUAGAAAGACAAGUUAAAAAUGUUACCCUAUUAGUCUGGGCAAACAGGCACCUGCAACUUAUUGCUCAAAAGAUGUAUCUCCAUAAUGAAGAAGAUGUUCAUGAAAUGCAUACUGUGAUGGCAGAGUAUUUUCUGGGUGUUUGGUCAGGAGGCAGAAGGAAGUCUCUUUACAGUGAAGAUCAGUAUCUGAAUGGUUGCCUUGACAGUGACAACAGGAGCAUGAAUGAUGAGGAGAAGCAUAUCAUGGACCAAACAAAUUUUGACAGGCAGUCCCCUGAUCAGCCAUGGGUAUUUCAGUGUAACCCGUUAGAGCCUGAUAUUUUUUUUGUCAACCACAGGAAAAUGACAGAGCUUUUGCAUCACUUGACACAGUGUGGGAAGACAGAUGACAUGCUGUAUGGGGUCAUUAUGAACUUCAGCUGGCUUUAUACCAUGAUCAAAAUUGGGCAGUUUGAUAAAGCCCUCUCUGAUGUGGAGUUGGCCUAUAACUUCUCGCAAGAAAAAGAGCUGAAGUUCCUUGCAAACACUCUUCGUGCCAUAAAAUACAAAGUGAUAAAAUAUCCAGGCACUCUUUCUGCUGAACUGCAACAGAGGCUCCUACCAGUUGUUAGUUCCUUGCCAAAACUGAGACAACUUCUUCUGGAAUGUGACAAAGAUGGUCCCAAAUAUUGCUCAAUUGUUCCGCUGCAUUCUUCUAUGGAUGUGACUUACAGCCCUGAGAGAUUACCUUUGUCUUCCAGUUGUACUCAAGUAACAGAAAUCCUGCCUACCUUUAAUCCAAGUACAGUUAUUGUAGCUCUAGAAAAUGGCUCCAUCAGUACCUGGGGUGUAGAGACUCGUCAAUUACUAAGGCAAAUUACCACAGCUCAGUCAGUUAUCUUGGGCAUGAAGCUUACAAGUGAUGAGAAAUACCUCGUGGUGGCCACAACAAAGAACACACUUUUGAUUUAUGACAACUUAAAUUCCUGCCUUCUGUCUGAGGUUGAAAUUAAGGGAUCAAAGCAUAGUGGAAUUGGUGUAGGCUCCAGUUUUAUAAAUGGAUUUACACUGUCAGUAAACCAUGCACUUUCUUGGCUGGAAGCUAGCAAAGAUGUUACUGUGAUUGAUCUACUUUAUGGAUGGCCGCUUUAUCAGUUCCACUGUUGGUAUGAAGUGACUUGUAUCCAAUGUUCCCCAGAUGGGAUGUAUGCUUUCUGUGGACAGUAUUUGAAUACGGCAUCUGUAUUUCACUUAGGUAGUGGAGACAAGCUGGCCACUGUGACUUCUGAAUUUUCUGGUGGAUUCGUCAAAUUUCUUCUCAUUCUAGAUACAGCUCAAGAAAUGGUGAUGGUGGACAGUGAAGGUGGCCUUUCCAUUUGGAACACUGAGGAAAUUGCCAAUCCCCAACUGAUAGAUGACUUUGAUUGUAAGAGAGGGGAUAGUGAAUUUGUCAGUAUUGAACUUGCUGAAGACCAAAGUGCAAUUUUAAUAUGUAAGUCACUCAGUGUAGAGCUUCUGGACACUAGCAUGUGGAAAGUAACUGAAAAGUUUAGAGCUAAACACAAUGAGCGGUUUGUAUCAGCUGUAUUGUCCAAAAACGGAGACUGUAUUGUUGCUUCUAUUGAAAAUACCUCUGCCAUUUUUGUUUGGAGGAGAGACACAGGACAAUGUAUGGCAAGCUUACAAGAAAUCUCAGGAAACAUUGUCAAAUUGAUUAAAUCAAAUCAUCAUAACAUGCUGCUAUCCUUAUCUACCAGUGGUGUCCUUUCUAUCUGGGAUAUAGAUAUUAUAACAGCAAUGUCCAACAUUGACAAAACUGGCAAGCCAAUCCAAAGACUGAUAUUGCCUGCCAAAGGAGAAGUGAUAUACACACUUGAUGGGUCUGAAGUUAUACAUAAGUGGAACUUUGGUACUGGGUUCAUUGAAGCUGUAUUUAAGCAUGAAAGCCUUGUUGAAAACUGUGUGCUAACUUCCAAUGGAAAACUGAUGGUUACAUCUGAUGACAAAUGUAGUCAGUAUGUAUGGCAAACUGGCUCUGGGGAAAACCUCUUCCGCAUUAAUGGACAGAAGAUAAGCCAGCUGUUGAUCACACACAAUGAUCAGUUUGUUGUCUCCCUGUGUGAGCAAAAUGCAUCAAGAGUUUGGAGAUUGGCAACAGGCCAUCGAGUUUGCAAUAUCCUUGUUGCCUUACAGAAUGCGUUUAUAACCACUGCGAACACUUUUGUCGUUGGAAUGACAAAAAAUAAAGUGUUGGCAGUAAGUCUAUGGACAGGGAGUAUCACCAAGAAGUACUGUUGUGAUGAUGGUAUAACUAUUGUUGAUAUUAAACUUAUCCCGGAUUGCCCUGAUAUAGUAGUCUUUAUAACAUCUACUGAGACAGUGAACAUCUGGAGUCUUACUGAAGAGGUCAUUUGCAGACGUGUGCAAUUACCCAACACUUUCUUAAAGACUUUAGAGGAUUUCGAAAUAUCACCCAAUGGAAAACUGGGGAUUAUAUCCCGUGGUGAUGAGAAUAUCAACAUACUUGACCUUCACAGUGGCAAACUUCGUGUUGUCCAUGCUUCUGGAAUUAUCUGGCGACAGAAAUUGUCUCCGGAUGGUCGUUACCUUGUAUACAUUUGUUUUCGCACUGGUGAAGAAGAUGAUGAUAAUGGCGCAAUUUCCAUUUUAAUUGUAAUGAGAUUGGCAGAUGGCAAAAACAUUGGUGCUUGCUCUCUUUAUAAAACCCCAACUUUUCUUGCUCUUUCCCAGAGGCAUUUGAACAUUAUUGUGGGUUUUGAUGAUGGAAGCAUAGGCACUUACACUGUAGUGGAUCGAGUGGAUGCAGCGCUGAAAAUUAAAAUUGCUACUUCAAAUAGCCGACAGAUUUUCAGCAAUGCAUCACAAGUGAUUAAACCCAAGUGUCACCAUUAUAAUUUCAAGGUGACAGCAGACUGCAUAUGGAGAGAGUCUACAGAAGUGUUUGCAAGAGACAGUCCCAUCACAGUGACAGACCCAGAAGUAAGUGAAGCAGCCCCAACAAAAAAACACAACUUUUGCUAUGACAAAGUUUGUUCUGCCAUUGAUUGCAGAGGGCAUGGUUUCACUGCUGACAAUUGAUACAAAUUAAUGGAAACAUUGUUUGCCCUUUCUCAUAACAAAAUUCUGUUUAACAUGUUUAUAUUUUGGUAUAAUAAAUUUUAAAAAGAAAAUUCAAGGUGAGUUUAAUGAGUAGGCUUAUAGGUUUAAACAAAUACUCAAAUGUGAGUCUUGAUCCAAAUCUUGACUGAAAAUUCCUAGCAAUACCAUCAUGCUUAUUUUGCCAUUAUCAACGAUUUUGAAGUAUACUUUUAAACAAAGCUAAAGGUACAUUUCAUAUUGGAAUAAGGCAAAUCAGCCUUUUUUUAAAAAAAUACAGGUAGCUCUAAGCCUAAAUCCCCAGCUACCUUGAACUGCUCACAUGCAAAAAUUAAUUUUAUCCUUUCUGAUGGUGCAAACGACAAGUUGUCACAUGUCAACCUGGAAGACUUGAUGCAUUCUGUAAGCAUUUGAAGUAGUAGCUACUGGUGUGAUUAUUUUUUAAAAAAGAGAUGCACAAUUUAAUCAGUGUUUAACACUUCUAAGUCCUGUUGACUUCAGUGGAAAUGGAUGUUUGAGUUUAAUCUCCACCACUACCAUCAGUGGAUGUAACAUUACUUUGUUUUGCUUGGAUUGUGUUCAUUGUUUGGCUGGAAAUAGGAUAGAAGUUGAUCUCUAAAAAUAGCCACUUGUGAAGUAGUAAAUCAAAAACAGUGCAAGUCCUGUAACUUAUAGGUAUCAAUUUCCAUUACAGUUUUUCAGCCACAGAGGUACAAAUGAUAGGAACUGCGUAUUAUUUAGAACAUGUAAGACAGGAAUUUAACACCUGAAAGUUGUGCUGUUUUCUGUCUUUCACAGUGUAUUUUUGUACUGUGUAGAAGAAAUAACAUUUUAAAAGAAAAAGGGCAUUAGGGAUAAAAGUCAACCUCCCAUUCCUUUAUUUCUUUUGUGUGUGUUUUUAAAGAGGAUAUCUUUCAUUCUGUUGUAAAGGAAGUCUAAAAUAUUCCAGGCCUCAGAGUAAUUUGAAGAGGAAGCACUGAGACAUGCUGUGUAUUGCUCUCAAUACUUGUAGUUUUGCCUUACUGUCAUUCCUGUUAUUUCCUCUGUGAAUCACAGAUCAGAUGACCAAAUACUCUGGGACUAACAUUAGCUUGUGUAUGUGCUGAAAAAUCCUGGCUGCCCAAAGGGUUCUCUACUGUUUCACUUUGUAAAGAAUUUCUUCUUUCUAUCUACAGCAUUUAUGCCUCUUCACUUCCUGCUUUAGGACUGUUCAUGGCCUUUUUAUAGAGUUUUAUCAAUUUCAAGGCUGAAGUUAGGAAAUACUGUCCAUUGGUUUCUCAUUGCUUGGCUCACCUUGUUGAACCUAGUAAUGAUUUGUAGACAAUAUGACUUCCCGAUCCACAGCUCUGCUCAGAUAAGGUAUUGGGGGUUAAAGGAGGAUAUUCUUUUACUUCUCCUGAGAGGCAGAAAAAUUCAGGCACCUUUUGUCAAGUGUAAGUGGCUUAUGUGUGUCUUCAUGGUGUGCUGUCUUUUAAAAUAUGUGAGUGAAGGCUUGAUGAGGCCUACUCACUGCUCAUGUGUAUUUAAAAACAGAGAGAUGAGAACAUCAUGUAUGCAACAUUCCUGUCAGGUGGUAUAUUUACACUAGAGUAUAGCUACAUAUUUUCUUAAAUAUGGUGAAAACUGGCCCUGAGGUACUGAUUUGGACCCACACGUAUCGCUUGUUGACUGUAAUUUCAAAUUCAUUACCACAGACAAAAGUGUUACUUUUUCAACUCUUCAUAUGUCAAUUCAAAGAAUAUUUUUGAUGAAGGCAUUUCACAGUGAGUCACUGAGUGCUGAAUUAUAAUAAGGUCCAAGCAACAUACAUGUAUGUGUGUGUGUGAAACAAAACCAAGAUUUUAUUUUCAGUAGUUAUAUGAUGGGGUCACAGCAACAACUCAUUAUCACAAACCACAUUAUUGAAUUAGCAUUACAUUGGGGCAUUAUGUCAGUGUUACAGGCUGAGAUCCAGUGUAAUGUGGAGUGAAAAGCCGUAUAGGAAGAAUUACACAAUUGCCAGAACAGGCAGUCCUGCCAUCUGGCUAGGAAUUUCUGGCACCUUCCCCCAUGGACCAGUCAGUGCUGUCUUGACUUGUAGCAGGGAAGACGUGUGCUUAGGCAUUUUGCCAACAUACAAGUCAGCCAAUAUCACUAGCCAGGCAAAUGGGGCUUGCACAUAGAGGUGUUGGAUGACAGGCUUAGACUUACAAGUGUUUGUACAUCCAGGAGUUGAGCAAGCUGACAUGCCACCAUUGGACCUAGAGCCUAGUCUUUUGAGAUCAAAGUGCCAGUUGACCUGUACAGGGGUAUUUUAAUUUAACUGAGCUGCGGAGUGCCUUUGCUUACUGCUUGUUUCAAAUAUGGCAUGUCCUUGGCAAACGACUCAAAGGAUAUGAACGCUGCUAAAUUUCCUUUAAUUGUUACUGAAGGAAAAUUGAACUCUUGGGCUUAAAUCACACAUGAAAGUGGCAAGAUCUGGCCAUUAAACUGAGGAUUCAGUGGCAAAAGGGAUUCAUGGUCAGAAAUCUAAAAUGCUGUAUCUCCAUGGUUUGGUUUGGUUUGGUUUGGUUCAGUUUGGUUUGGUUUCUCAGUUUCCCUUUUCCCUUCAGCUGGGUUCUAAUGCCAGGUAGGGUAAAAUCACCUUUGCAAGAGAAGAAAAUUGGUGGGUGCAGGGAAGGUUCAGCAUCCUCAGUCACCACACCCCCUUUUGUUUGAAAAAUUGGACAUUACAUGAGCUAUACUGUAUGCAUGAGCAGGGCAGUCUUGGGUUUAAUAAACAGAACUGCUACUAUUUCUUGUAUUUUGAGCCACAGUGACCAAUUUUCCAAUAAAAUAAGCACCCAAGCUAGGGAAUAACUAAAGUGUGAAUAUUCUAUGUGAAAGCCAAUCUAGUAUCUAUGGAGUGACUUGAAUGACUUUUCCUAACUUGUUUGCAACCAAUAGAUCAUAUUGAAUGUUUUUAUGUAAACUUUCUAUUGUUGGGGAAGAAAUACCCAAUCAGAGAUUUAUAUUUUCAUAAAUGUGAAAUUUAGUUAAAUUUUGUUACAGAGUUGUUAAAUUAGAAAUCUAUUGCUGUUU